CCGGCUUCAGUGCACGGCCGGAGGAGGACGCCAGGGGGCAGCAGCGCCACGCUCGCCCGCCCAGGACGCGCUUCCGAACGCGCAAGCGCAGUAGGCCCAGUGCGUGCUGGCCCGGGGUGGCAGGGGCCGCAGAAGGCUUGGGCUGCAGAAAAAGGAUCCUGUUUGCUGUGUAAUCCUGAGAAUGGACUGCAAGAGAGGAAAAACUGGGCGUCUGCUUGGGAAUCUAUUGUGGAAACCCAGGGUGUUUCCCGACCAGUCCCUGGGCGCCAACUAGAGUAUGGACUGACCAGGUACCUGGAUGGAGACCUGAGCUGGAGAAGGAGAUGCGCUUGGGAGGAAAUUGCAGAGGCCGUCAACAUGGAAAAGCAGCCCCAGAACAGCAGGAGAGGCCUCGCCCCCCGAGAGGUGCCGCCAGCUGUUGGGCUGCUGCUGAUCAUGGCCCUGAUGAAUACUCUGCUCUACCUCUGCCUCGACCACUUCUUCAUCGCUCCUCGACAGUCCACUGUGGACCCCACACACUGUCCCUAUGGUCACUUCAGGAUAGGACAGAUGAAAAACUGCUCACCUUGGCUGUCCUGCGAGGAGCUGAGAACAGAAGUGAGACAGCUGAAGCGUGUUGGGGAAGGAGCUGUAAAGAGAGUCUUUCUGUCUGAGUGGAAGGAGCACAAAGUUGCUCUCUCACAGCUCACCAGCCUGGAGAUGAAAGAUGAUUUCCUCCAUGGACUGCAGAUGCUGAAAUCUCUACAAGGCACACAUGUUGUCACGCUGCUUGGCUAUUGUGAGGACGACAACACUAUGCUUACUGAAUAUCACCCUCUAGGUUCCUUGAGUAACCUGGAAGAAACACUAAACCUUUCAAAGUACCAAAAUGUGAACACGUGGCAGCACAGGCUGGAGCUGGCCAUGGACUAUGUCAGCAUCAUUAAUUACCUACACCACAGCCCUGUGGGCACACGGGUCAUGUGCGACUCCAACGACCUGCCGAAGACACUGUCCCAGUAUCUGCUAACAAGCAACUUCAGCAUUUUGGCAAAUGACUUGGACGCCUUACCCCUGGUGAACCACAGCUCCGGGAUGCUGGUGAAGUGCGGCCACAGGGAGCUGCAUGGGGAUUUCGUGGCUCCAGAGCAACUGUGGCCCUAUGGAGAGGACGUGCCUUUCCGCGAUGAUCUCAUGCCCUCAUAUGAUGAGAAGAUUGACAUUUGGAAGAUCCCAGACAUCUCCAGUUUCCUUCUGGGGCACACUGAAGGGAGUGAUAUGGUCCGAUUCCAUUUGUUUGAUAUUCACAAAGCAUGCAAGAGCCAGACUCCCUCAGAAAGACCCACUGCCCAGGACGUUCUGGAGACCUACCAGAAGGUCUUGGAUACACUUAGAGAUGCCAUGAUGUCUCAGGCAAGAGAGAUGCUGUGAAAACCAGUCCAGCCAAUGAAGGUGGAAUUGAAGGGCUGAAUGGAAGUUACAGCAUUCUACUCUGAUGGUGGAGUUUUUUGCCUGAGUUUCGUGUUUUAUUGUUUUUUUUUAUGGCUUAGCCAUGUGGUUCGUUGUCCACAUCCACAUGUACAUUUGUAUGUAGUCCACAUUGGUUGUUAGAUUUUUUUUUUUUCUUUGAGAUGCAGUCUUGCUCUGUUGCCGAGGCUGGAGUGCAGUGAUGUGAUCUUGUCUCACUGCAGCCUCUGCCUCCCAGGUUCAAGCAAUUCUCCCACCUCAGCCUCCUGAGUAGCUGGGAUUACAGGCACACCACCACGCCUGGCUAAUUUUUGUAUUUUUAGUGGAGGUGGGGUUUCACCAUGUUGGCCAGGCUGGUCCCGAACUCCUGACUUCCUCGGCCUCCCAAAGUGUUGGGAUUACAGGCGUGGGCCACUAUGCCUGGCCAGUUGUUAGAUUUCCAUGGAUUUGUAGUUUCCAAAGUUUCUCGUUACUGAUUUCUACUUUUCUUCCAUUGUGGUCUGAGAAGGUACUUGAUAUGAUUUAGAUUUUUAAAAAUUUAUCGAGACUUGUUUUGUGGUCUAACAUAUGGUCUAUGCUGCAGAAUGGUCCAUGUGCUGAUGAGAAGAAUGUAUAUUCUGCAGCUGUUGGAAGAAAGGGUCUGUAAAUGUCUGUUAGGUCCAUUUGGUCUAUAAUGCAGAUUAAGUCUGAUGUUUCUUUCUAGAUGAUCUGCCCAAUACUGAAAGUGAGGCAUUAAAAUCCCCUGCUUUUUUUGGUAUUAGGAUCUGCCUCUCUCUUUAGCUCUAAUAGUGUUUGUUUAUACAUGUGAGUACUUUGGUAUUGGGUGCAUAUAUAUUUAAAAUUGUUACAUCCUUUUGCUGAAUUGAUCCCUUUUUCAUUAUGUAAUGAUCUUCUUUGUCCCUUUUUAUGUUUUCUGACUUAGUCUAUUAUGAAUAAGUAUAGCUACUCCUGCACAUUUUUGGUUUAAAUUUGCACGGAAUAUUUUUUUCCAUCUGUUCACUUUCAGUCUAUAUGUGUUUUUACAUGUGAUGUGAGUUUGUUAUAGGUAACAUAUAGUUGAAUCUUGUUUUUUAAAAUCCAUUCAGCCAGUCUAUGUAUUUUAAUUGGAGAAUUUAAAUUAUUUACAUUCAGGGUUUUUAUUGAUAGGUGAGGACUUAGUCCUGUGCAUUUGUUUUCUGAUUGUCUUGUAUAUAUUUUUUCCUAUCUUUUUUAUUUAUUUUUAUUUUUUAUUUUGAGACAGAGUGUUGCUGUGUCUCCCAGGCUGGAGUGCAGUGGCAGGAUCUCGGCUCACUGCAACCUCUGCCUCCCAAGUUCAAGCAAUUCUCCUGCCUCAACCUCCCAAGUGGCUGGGAUUACAGGUGCCCACCACCACACCCAGCUAAUUGUUGUACUUUUAGUAGAGAUGGGAUUUCACCUAUCUUCUUUUGUAUUGUUUACUUUACAAUUUGGUGGUUUUUUAAAUAGUCAUAAUGUUUGAUUCCUUUUUCUCAUUUGUGUUUCUGUUCUAUUAGUGAGCUUUAAGCCUUUGUUUGUUUUCAUGAUGGUAGAUACCAUCCUGUCUAUUUGAAGAUCAGAUGAGAUUGGGCGUGUUCAGGGUGGUAUUAAUGUGGGAAUGAAGGAGGACUGGAGAGACAAUGGGGUGAGACAAGAGGAUUUUUAUUGAGUGCACUCAGACCCAGCUGAUAACAUCCAAAAACUGGGCCCAGACAAAGACAGUACUUGACUUUUAUACACACUUCUAAAAGGGGGUGGGCUAGCUUGAAACAAGCUUAUGGUGGCGUGAAGCAAAGAUACAGGGUCAGAACAAAGGCAGCUAAUCAAACUGUGACAGGUUCAUGAGCCAGGAUUACAUAUGACCCUUGCUGUGCAGCUCACAUGGCUGUUAUCUAGGCUUGCUCAAAAGAGCCUUGCAUGGGCUUAUCUCAUAACGUUCGCUAUGGCACCCAGACUGCCGCAGCCCAGGCCUGCUCAGGCAUGUCUUACAACCUUCACUGUGCUGCUUAGUUAAAACAGAGUACUUGAAGUUACUGGUUACAGAAAACCGGAAUCUAUAAACUCAUAUGUUUACUCAUAAGGGAAAGGAAAAUUUGUUUUUUUCUCCCUAUGUUGAGGGAGUGCUGGGAGAGUCUCCAGAGCACAUUCCUUUGAGCCUUUGCUUAGAUAAUGUUAUCGAGACUUUGUCUGGGUCCAGGCUUUGCCUGUUAACUGCCUUUGGGAUGAGUCAGCCUAAUAUAGAAAGCUUGUUUUUCUCUUUUUAAUUUUAUUUUUCUUUCUUUAAUUUCCUGCCUCAGUAUGGCUUUCUCUUCCAGAUGUAGGAUUCCCUUAAGCAUUUCUUGUAGGGCUGAUCUGGUUGUGAUGAUUUCCCUGUUUUUUUUUUUUUUUUUGAGAUGGAGUCUUACUCUGUCACCCAGGCUGGAAUGCAGUGGCACAACCUCUGCUCACUGCAAGCUCUGCCUCCCGGGUUUGCGCCAUUCUCCUGCCUCAGCCUCCCAAGUAGCUGGGACCACAGGUGCCUGCCACCACACCCGGCUAAUUUUUUGUAUCUUUAGUAGAGAUGGGGUUUCACCAUGUUAGCCAGGAUGGUCUCGAUCUCCUGACCUCAUGAUCUGCCCGCCUCAGACCUCGUGAUCCACCCGCCUCGGCCUCCCAAAGUGCUGGUAUUACAGGUGUGAGCCACCGUGCCUGGCCAGUAUUUUUUUUUUUUUUAAACUAAAUUAUCAUUAAUGUUAAAAUUUAACUGACCAUGUAUAUAACUGUAAUUGCUGCUUUCUCACAGAACUGUCUAGGAUUCAUUCAACAGACCACAGAAAUGAGGUCUGGCAUUUAACAGACUAAUGAUAGAGGAAAUAAACUGGUUUAUACAAGAAUAUCAAAAUACUGUCAUGUGGUUUAGUGUAGCUCAAGUUAUGAAUUAGUGCCAACUCUUGCUGCAGUGUCUCUGACACAAUUUUAUCUUGGAACUUGGCGAUUUAAAUUGACUUUCUUCACUGAAAAGAGUUCUUUCAUGAUACUCUUCGUGAAUUGCUCAUAUAGCAGCUUAAUCUCUUUCAUUUGCUGUCUCCUAACAAUGCUAACUUGUUGCCACCUCUUUUGUUGCUCUUGAAAUAUUUUAAUUAGUUUUUCUUCCUCUCCUCAGUCUUCUACAUGUCUAUGUUGUAUUCUUGAAGCAAAGUCAGCAACUGUAUAGGAUAUCUAUAAUUCCAUUUCUGCAUUCUGUGUUCUCAAAAUAACAUUCAGUUAUGUUCUCGGUGUUGAUGCAAGCUUUUGUAUAUACUUUUGAGGCCUUUUUCUUUUUGCAGCAAGACCCUGUUUAAUGGCAGCUGCAAUUACUUGUAGCUUCUCUACAUCAACCCCCUUGUCUUCCUCAUCUGUUUCUGCAAAAGGUUUUCUUUCCCUGUGCUCAUCAGUUUCUGGAUCCUUUUCUCCCUGUUCCAUUUCCUGGGUGGCCAUGACCUGAGCCUCCAACUGGACCUUGGCAGCCCUCCUGUUGCUCCUCCUGCCUUGGGUGCAAUCGCUAGUUGUCCUGGGAUCCCAGAGGCGACUCCUCAACCCUGAGGGACCCUUGAUGGUGCUCCCUCACAGGACCUGUAUAAUGCCUCACUAUGAGGCUCCUCUGAGGGCCUGGGGUCCUCCUCCUCUCAGUUUUUACUUGUGUGGGAAAGACUUUAUUUGUCCUUCAAUUUUGAAGGAUAGCUUUACUUAGUUUAAUAUUCUUGGCUGGCAGUUUUUUUUUAUUUCAGCACUGUAAUAUAUAUUAUCCCAUUCUCUCCUGACCUGUAAAUUUUUUUUUUUUUUUUAAACAGGAAAUUCUCUUAUAAGUGACUUGAUGCUUUCCUUUUGCUGUUUUUAGAAUUCUCUCUGUUUUUGACUUUUGACAAUUUGAUUGUAAUGUGCCUUGCAGAAGACCUUUUUGGUUUGAAUCUUUUUUGGGAUUACUGAACAUCCUGUAUCUGGAUGUCUGUAUCUCUUGCAAGACUUAAGAAAUGUUUGACUAUUAUUUUGCUAAAUAGGUUUUCUGUGCCUCUUCCCUUCUCUUUCCUGAAACACCGAGAAUUUAUUUGGUCUGACUGGGUUAUUUCAAAAGACCUGUCUUCAAGUUCAGAAAAUCUUAGUUUUGCUUUAUCUAGCAUACUUUUGAAGCUCUCAGUUGCAUUUUUAAAUUUUAUUCAUUGAAUUUUUCAGUUCCAGGAUUUGUUUGGUUAUUUUUCUAUAUCUAUCUCUACUGACUGUCUUAUUCAGAUCAUGAAUUGUUUUCCUACUUUGUAUUAUCUGUGUUCUCUUGCAACUUGCUGAGUUUCCCUAAGAUCAUUAUUUUGAAUUCCUUUUCUGGCAUUUUUAUAGAUUUCCUUUUCUUUUGAAUCUGUUACUGGAGAAUUAUUGUGUCUCUUUGGAGGUAUCACAUUUCCUUGCUUUUUCAUGUUUCUUGUGUCCUUACAUUGAUAUCUAUUCAGCUAGUGGAAGAGUUGCUUCUUCCAAUUUUAUGGAUUGGCUUUCAUAAGGAAAGACUUUUUUGUAGGCAUAUCUGUAGUUUUGGUUGUGAUUAGGAUGUUUUGGCUUUGAUUCUGGUGAGCACAGGAGUGUAGGCUCAAUGAUUUCUUCAGCUGUAACCAAUGUAACUGGUGUCAUGUAACCAUGUCACUGUGAGUCCUCAGUGGCUUAAGUUGCCAUUGUUAGCUGAGGCUGUUGUGAGGCUUUUCUGGGGAAAGGGAUGCCAGAGGGGCCAAUCCCUGGGCCUUUUGGUGGCAUGGGCAGGCUUUAGCUGUGGUGGCGAUGGGCUGGGCAUGCUAGUCCUCAGGACCCCAGCUGGUGUAAGUGCUGGUAGUGGGGGGCCCAGGUGGGCUGGUCCUCAAGCCCCCAGGCAGCAUUUAUGGUGCUGGCAGUGGCAGUAGCAGCAGUGGGCUAGACACUGGACUGUCAGGUGGCAAUCAUAGCUGUUGGCAGUAGCUGUGGCAGGAUGAAUGGGACAGUUUCUAGCCCCCUAGGUGAUGCACUUGGGUGGGCACUGGUGGUGGUAGGUGGGGCAGGCCUGUUCAGGCCUUGGGAUUGUGUGCGUGGGCACCAGUGGUGUUGGAUGGGGUGGGCCAGUCGUCAGGCCCCCCCUACAGAGCAUAUAGGCACCAGUAGUGGCAUGAGGGAAAGAUAGCACUGGAGAACACUGGUGACAGUGGGUGGAGCAGGCCUGUCUUUAGGUUCUUGGAUGGCACAUAUGGACACACUGGUCCUCAGGCCCCCUGAAGGUGCACACAGGCAUGCUGUUGCCCUGCUGAGAGGGGCAAGGUUCUGUUGGUGGCAUUGGUGUUGGGAAGAUGGCUCCCAGGUUCUGGGAGCUUCAGCUCCCUUUUUCCUGGGGUAGCCUCCCUGGUGUGCUAUACUGCCUGUUCCCUGGGAUAUAAGACACUUCAUGGGUCAGAGUACUGGGGACCUGGCUGCACUGCUGGGUGAUUGUGAUACUGCAACCUUCUGGAUGGAUGUGGGAGGAUGUUCUUGGGGGCCCAGGGAUGUGGACUGCAGGGGCUUAUUGGACCCCAAGUGGGCAGGAUAUAAUCUGGUGGGGGCUAGCCUCUUAAAAUGGUGCUGUGCCACAGCAGCAUGUUUCUUGGGAUGUGAGUAGGAUCCAGUGGAAUUCCCUUUCUAGAAGAACACAUUUGCAUGGAUUCCAGGCAGCUCCGUAUACUGGACUCAGGGCCUGUGAAGGCUGACGGCAUACCCUGUGGGUGCCAGCAUCUGUGCUGCGAAUGUGGACCACUGCAGUUCUUUGACUUUUCUUUUCCCAGAAAUGGGAUUCCCCUCCUGCUUCUGAGGCAGUCCAAGACAUGCUGGCUGCUUUAUUUACUGCUCCCUUUGUGCCUCAGAAGUUCCCUGUUGAAUAGUGUUCUGUCUUUGGUGCUCUACCUGACAUGUGGUUAACUACUUGCUUUUUUGGUCCUUUGUUGUGGAGGAGUUGAGUGCCAGGCUCACGGUUUUUUGAUUACCAUAGUUUUGUAGUUUUUGAAAUUCAGAAGUGUGAGACCUCCAACUUUUUCUUUUUCAAGAUUAUUUUGGCUGUUGAGUCAAUUAUGAUUCCAUAUGCAUUUUAGAUGGAUUUUUCUAUUUCUGGAAUUCUGCCAUUAGGAGUCUGAUAGAUACUGCAUUGAAUCUGUAGAGUGCUUUGGGUAGUAUUGACAUCUUACCACUAUUAAGUCUUCCAGUAUAUGAACACAUGCAUUUUCCUGAUGACUAAUGAUGUUGUACCUUUUCAUAUGCUUAUUGGCUAUUUGUAGAUCUUCCUGGGAGAAAUGUCUAUUCAGACUUUUUGCCAAUUUUUAAAUUUGUCCAUUUAAAAAUCAGGGUUUUUUUUGUUGUUGAGUUGUAGGAGUUCUUUUUGUAUUCCUUAUACUAGUCCCUUAUCAGAUAUAUGCUUUGCAGAUAUUUUCUCCCAGGUGGGUUGUCUUCACUUCCUUGGUAGUGUCUUUUAAUACACAAAGUUUUAAAUUUUUAUGAAGUCAAAUGUAUCUACAUUUUUCUUUGGUUGCUCAUGCUUUUGGUGUUGCAUCUAAGAAUCCACUGCCAAAUCCAAGGUCAUGAAGAUUUACUCCUAUGUUUUCUUCUAAGAAUUUUAUAGUUUUUGCUAUUACAUUAAGGUCUUUGAGCCAUUAAGAUCUUUGACUUAACUUUUGUAUAUGAUGUAAAGUCACUGUCAAACAUCAUUCUUUUGCAUUUGGCUGUCCAGGUAUCCCAGCAUUAUUUGUUGAAAUGCCUACACUUCUUUAUAUUCCCUUGACUCCUCUAACCAAGGCAGUUGGACCUUUGCUACUACCACUGCCCUGAAACUGCUGUCACUGGGUUACUGAGGACUGGGUAGCUUAGUUGAGUAGAUAAUCUUUUGUUGUUUCCUCCUUGUAAUAUACAAGCCUUGGCUUCUGUGACAUCAUACUCUCCUAGUUUUCCCCCUGUCACUGUGGCUUCUUCUCAGUCUCUGUCCAUCCCUGGUGCUCCUGAAGGUUCUGUUCUCAGCCUUACACACAUUACCUGGGUGAUCUCAUUCUCUGCCAUGACUUCACUUGCCAUAUAUGUGCUGAUUUUCCCCAAAUUCCUAUUUCUCCCGACCUUUACAUCUAUUUUAUUUGCAGGUCAUAUAUCUAAUAAGGAAUUGAUAUCCAGUGUACAUGUAGAACUCCUGUAAUUCAAUACAGAAACCAAACAGUCCAAUUAAUAAAUGGAGAAGAGAUUUGAAUGAACAUUUUUCUAAAGAACAUCUCAAGCUCAAGAUUUCCCAGAUAACUUUUCUUUCUUCAAAAUCUGCUUCUGUGUUUCCUCAUCUGUAGGUGGCACAGCAUACAUCUGAUUUCCCAAGCCAGAAACCUCAUAGUUAUUCUUGACUCCAGGAAGAAAUAUUAUUGAGUUUUUAAAAACUCAGCUUAUUGACUCAUUGUUUUAUAUAAUAAAAUGCAACAGUUUUAAGUGUAUAUUUCAAUGAGUUUUAAUACAUUUAUGUACUUGUGUCACUAUCCUCAUAGAUAGAGACAAAACAUUUCUAUCACACCGGCAAUUUCCUAUGUGUCCCAUCCCAAUCAAUCCUUUCCCCUUUGCUGGCUGCAAACAAUGACUCUUUCCUAUCUUUUUAGAAAGAUUAGAAUUGCUUUUCUAGAGUUCCAGUAAUGGAAUCAUACAGUGUCUAAGUCUAUUUGUGGUGCUAUAACAAAAUACCUGAGACUGGGUAAUUUAUAAAUUAUAGGAAUUUAUUUCUCACAGUUCUGGAUGCUGAAAAGUUUAUGAUCAAGGCACUAGCAGGUUUGGUGUCUGAGGGCCCAGUUUCCAAUUUGAAGAUGGUGUUUUGAACACUGUCCUCACAUGGUAGAAGGGGCAGACGGGCAAAAAAAAAAAAAAAGGGCAAAUGCUGUGUGUAGCACCCCUCUCAUAAAGGGCUUAAGCUCAUUCACCAGUGAAGAGCUCUCAUGACCUAAUCACCUCCAAAGACCCCACCUCUUAAUACUAUUGCAUUGCAGAUUAAGUUUCAACAUGAAUUUUGGAGGGAUACAAAUAUUCACACCAUAGAAUAUAGUAAUAUAGUGUAGUAUAUAUUUUUUUGUGUCUGUCUGCUUUUGCUCAGUGUAAUGUUUUUGAGGUUCAUCUAUGUUGUUGCAUGUAUUAGUAGGUUGUAUCUAUUGGUGCAUAGUUAUUCCAUUGUAUGUAUGUACCACACUCUUCAUUUACCUGCUGAUGGAUAUUGCAUUGUUUCCAGUUUUGGGUUAUUAUGAAUAAAACUGCUGUUAACCUUAAAAUA